AUGAGUCAGCCAUCGCAGUCUGGCCAAUCAGCUUCGUUCGCGCCUCCCCCCCAGAGGGCACAAUGGAUGUACGCUCGAGGCGACACUUGGGCUACGUUUCAGCCUCACGACAACGAUAAGCUCGAACAACGAUGGAACAAAUUGGGUGGAGAAGCGUGGGCCCGUUCCCAUCGCGAACAGCAGCUUGGUGACAACGAAAAGCGACAGACACCAUCAUCUUUGCCUCGCGCUCCACCAUCUGGUGUCGAUGCCAUCCAGUCUGCAAUAGCCGGCUAUGGGAAACCAUCUCACGACAACGAGCAUAAAGACGACUCGGCCGCACUCGAACGUAAAGGCUCGAGAAGCUCGUGGCUUGGAGGAUUGAGAGGAUUCGUUCCCUUUGUCAACAAAGAUGGCCACUCGGACGACAGCAAUGACGCAAACCAGUCUCGUUCAACCGAGCACGAUACCUCCGAACAGGAGUCCAACAAGUCGGAAUCUGAAAAGAUCCACGUCAACCUCAUCCUCGAUCCGGACGAGCCCGAGUCGGAACGCAUGGCAAAAGUAGAGGUCAUGGAGGACAACCUCUUCGACGUGGAUCUCGAGUGCAUGACGCUUUAUCCUGUCUUUUGGAAAGGUGUCUUGCUCAAGGUCGUGCGUGCAACGUGGUUCUACUCGUCACUCACCGACGGAUCUUACGCACCCAUCAGCUGGGAUGAUCCCUUAUCUCAGGACCUCGACAGCGCAUACUCACAAGCUCGUCCUUGGUUGCAAACUUCAACGUGUAAUGCCGAGAGCUCCAAACGUCAACAUGAUACGAGUGAGCAAACCGACAAGUCCAAACUCUAUCAGCUUCCAAGCAUGAAGGAGAAUGGCCAGGUCUCUUUCCAAGAUGCCGAGGUGGGUCGCAUAUUCUCUGAGGAUGUCCGCGGCCGCUUAAUGUCUGUUGUCGGCGGUUCGAUUGUGGUCCGAGGCUUCGACCGCGCAGAACAGCUUGCCGAGCAAAUGUCGUUCAGUCCACUUUUCAACCUUUCACUCCCUUGGGCUGACGAUGACAAAAAGGAUAAAGCGUCGGGCGUCAAAGGCUCUUCCAGAUAUACCCAAGCUCAAAAGAAAGGCUCUAGCAUAGGUGCUCACUCUGCCUCGAAGCAUGAAGGCGCUGCAAAAACUUCCUCCACUCCUCCUUCCGGCGGCGGCGCCGACGGUCCACAUCGAGCCAAGCCUUCGACAAACGCAGAUGAGGACGAGCGAACAUCCUUUGCUGCCAAGCUCGUUCCCUCGAGCGAUGCAGCCUUGCGCCCCUUAGUGGCUCUCAAACGGCUCUUUGGCUACGAUGAAAACCAAGCUUCCGAAGAAGAGAAGCGCAAGCUCAAGCAGCAGAUGACCCACGACGAGUUGGAUCGACAGAAGCGCUCCGAGAACGAUCCAGAUCUCUUACCGGACGAUCGCAAGGAUGAGCCGCCAGAGCUCGUAUUUGCCAUCCACGGGAUCGGCCAGUCGCUGGUCGAAGACUUUGAGGCUCUCGAUUUUGUCUAUGACGUCGAGCAUCUGCGUAAUCUGGCCAGCGAGAAUGCACGCGACCCUGCCAUGCGUCGACUCUCUCGAGGUCGUCGCGCACAAUUCAUUCCGAUCUGCUGGCGCAGAUUCGUGGAAUUUGACGACGAGCCCGAAAGCAACGACAACUUCUAUACCUUGGACGACAUCACCAACUCUGCGGCCAUCCCCGUGAUCCGCAACAUCAUUACGAAGGUGAUCCUCGACGUGCCUUUCUACCUGUCACGACAUCGCCAAAAGAUGAUAGAUUCGGUCAUCUCUGAGCUCAAUCGUACGUACCGCCUCUUCUGUCGUCGCAAUCCAGACUUUGAAGAAAAGGGAGGUCGCGUUUCCAUCAUCGGCCAUUCUCUGGGCUCGGCAUUGUCGGUGGAUAUCCUGUCAGCGCAGCCUUCCAAGGUACUACCACUUUCACAGGUCCACCAGUCCGAUCACGAGGCUUUGCGACGCAAUGACCGCCUCCACUUUAAUGUCAAGAACCUCUUCUUGAUUGGUUCGCCUGUCGCCUUUUUCUUUCACCUGAACGGCGGACAACUCAUCGCGAGGAGUGGCACGCAAAGGCAUCCCAACAACGACUCGGAUGCGGUCGAUGGCGACACUGGCCGAUACGGCUGCCUUGCCGCCGAGAAUGUGUACAACAUCUUUAAUCCGAAUGAUCCCGUUGCAUUCAAGUUAGCGCCUACCGUCGACUCGGCAUACGCCAAGCUGAUCAAACCGGUUGCGAUUGAGAGUGCCGCCGAGGCCGUUCUGCGGACACUGUCGCUGCCUCGUAUGAGCGUCACUCAGGUGUUUGAAAAGUACAAAGAUCAUCCGUUCCAAGGGGUGGGUAAGAUCAUUAGACAGGCGAGGAUAUUGGAGAAGGACGAUACAGCGCUUCCUUGCGACCUUUCUCCGGAUGAACAGAGGCAUGUAUCACGGAGAGAGAAAGGAAAAUGCAUCGUGGAAGCAUCCGACUACAUCCAGACGGUGCGCAAGUGGCAGCAUCUACGAGAUGCCAGCGCGACGGCUUGCGACCUCGGAGCUGCGGGAUCGGCGCGUGAAAUGGAGACGGAAAGAGCAUCGCGUUUGACGAGGCGGACUCGAAGCACGACUUUGAUCUGGGAUCGCUCGAGCGCGCGGAACGUCGUUUCCGCGCCGCUCAAUCCGCACGGCUGUAUCGACUAUCAUCUGUCGGAAAGCAUCAGUCUGAGUGCUUACCUGGAUGCGCUCGGUGCGCACCUUUGCUACUGGACGCAUCGCGACUUUGCCGUGUUUGUGCUGACGCAGUUGUUCAUGGACUUUACCAAAGACGACGAGAUCACACUGGUGCCGCAAGUGCAACAAUGCCCGAGCCGCACCGCCCAAGACAGCGACACGGAGGUAGCGGAUGCGUCUUCAGAUGCGUCUUCAGACGAGGACGAGAGCUAA